AUGCAGGGAUCUCUGUUUCGUCGUCUUCCAGAUGAAAUUGGGUGGGAAUGUCUGGUAAGGGUGGAGUUUAAUUCUCAUCAUAAUCUUAGAUGUGUCUGCAAAAGUUGGAACGCCGCACUGAAAAGCCCCCAGUUUUAUCAAGAAAGAAAAAAAUUGCAGAUUUCAGAGAAACGGAUUUAUGUGUUCCAGAAAAUAGACAGCAAUUGGAAGAGAGUAGUUGUGUACGACCUGGAGAAGAACUCCUACAAAAGUCUACCUCCCAUUCCCGCUCAAAUUUACGGCAACUGUCACUGCCAUGUCGUGAAACAAAAACUGGUUUUCAUUGGGAAUAUCUUUCGCGCCUGUGGAGGAAAGUGUUUAUUGUUGUAUGAUUUUGCUUGUUCCAAAUGGCGGGAGGGUGCCGCAAUGCCGGAAUGGAAGGAUGAAUUUGCCUCCGCAGUGGACGAGGAGAGGGGACUUAUUUAUGUGGGUGGAGGGUUUCGCUGCAAAUAUCCCGACACUAGCGCUUCAGUUUACAAUGUGGAGGAGGACAGGUGGGAUCUCCUCCCCGAUAUGAACACCUGUAUGGACGACUUUACAGGUGCUUUUGCUGACGGCAAGUUUGAUGUAAUGGGCGGCGGCCAUUACUGCCGCACAAUUGAGGUUUUUGAUUCCUACACAAGAAGCUGGAAAACUAUGGAGAACAGAUUUAGAAGUGUGAGUAUGUGCUUCGUAAGUGCGUUUGAGCGCUUGUACUGCUUUUCUGGUAUGGGAUUUUGA